AAAAAAUAACCCCCCACACUGUCCUCAUGGAGUUCACAGUCUGCUCAGUGAGACUGGGUUCUGCUGUGUGACCUUAGAUAGGAUACACAAUGUCUCUGAGCUUCAUCUAUUUAUUCAUUCGUAUUUGCUGAGCAUCUACUAUGUGCUAGCUGCCGGGGAUAUAGCAAUGAACAAGCCAGACACAAUCCCUGCCCUCCUUGGAGUUUCCUGUCUGGUAGGAGAGAGGGAACUUGAACAAGUAAUUCUAAGUAGGUCAGGCAUUUCAGAAAUGAGAGCAUAGGCCAGGUGCAGUGGCUCGCACCUGUAAUCCUAGCACUUUGGAAGGCCGAGUCGGCGGUGGGGAUCGCUGGAGCCCAGGAGUUUGGAUCAGCCUGGGCAGCAUAGCAAGACCCCGCCCCUACAAAAAAAAUUUUAAAAAUUAGCUGGGCAUGGUGUCACGUGCCUGUAGUCCCAGCUACUCAGGAGGCUGAGGAGAGAGAAUCUCUUGACCCUGGGAGGUCGAGGCUGCAGUGAGCUGAGAUUGUGCCAAUGCACCCUAGUCUGAGUGACAGAGCAAAACUCUGUCAUCAGAAAAAAAAAGGAAAAAUAAAUAAUGGGGUACCAGGGCCUGCUGGUUCUGUAUCAUGGAGACAAUAGUGACGUCCUCAGAGGGUUCCUUCAGUGUUCCAGAAACAUUUAUCUGAGCAUGUCAUAUGUGCCAGGCACUGUUCUAGGUGCUGGGAAACACUGAUGAAUAAGACAGACAAUUAAAUACUGAUGAGUAAGUCCCUGCUUCCAGGAGUCUCCCAGUCCUUAGGGGUAAUAAGGAGUAAGCAAGUCAAGGUCAGGUGCCUGCAAUGUCCGCAGGACUCCCUCCAAUCAUUGAACAUCUCCCUCACAAUCCAGAAGAUUCCCUGGAAAACCAACUUCCAGGGAUACAUCAACAGUGGAGAAGAGAUCAAUGAUCCCCAUUGGUAGGGGAUGCUUUGUGGGGUAUGGGGGUCCUCCAGGAUGGGGCAGCUGGUUCCAGGAGACCCAGAUGCCCCACGGGUCUCUGGACGUCUGCGCCAAGUGGUUAGAAGAAAGCCAAUUUCGAUGGGAACUGUCUGCUCUGCUACCAGCUGCUUCCCUGGACUCCAUCUGCAGCUUUUCAGGAGAGUCCAAGGCCCUCCUUAGUACAUUAUUAGAACUUUCUGAUCCCAGGGAAAUCCACACGUGUGUAUCAGCAAAUGGGGGCUGCUAGGACAGUGUGUCUUAAGUCAAGGGCCUCUUAUCACACAGACAUGCACAGAAAACAUUGAUAUAAGAGCUUUGUGGAGGAAGACUAUGGGCUGAUCGCAGCCCCUGUCCACUGUCAGGCCAUGGUCAGUCAGUGGCUGAUGGUGUACACAUCCAUCUGUGCUUGCACUCCAAUACAACAGAACAUAAAGGAAAAAUCUGGGCCAAGAUCAAUAAAGAUAAGGACCAAAGACAAGAGCUGGGAUAAAAAAAAAAAAGCACAACUGAAUUACUCCUUCAGUCCCUCGGUUCUUUUUCUUUGCCUUUCUUGUUUUCUAUGGAUUAUUCAGCUCAGUAUAUUCAACAGAUAUUUGGGGCAUAAAUUCAAUGCCAGGCAAUUUUAUACAUACCAUGGAAACAUCAAAUAACCAAAAGAGAGCCCUUGCUGGUAGAGAGCUUACAUUUAAAAGGCAGAUACAUUUAAACAACAACUAUGUGUAAUGUGAUAGACGGCAACAAGUUCUGAGGAGGAUGAAAAAACAAGGAUGAGGGAUAGAGAAAUGUGGGUGUUAUUUGACAUAAAAUGAUCAGAGAAAGUCCCUCUGCUAAGCAGAGGCUAAAAGAAGUAAAAGAGUGAACCAGGGGCAUAUCUGAAGAAUAGCAUUGCAGGCAGUCAGAAUAGCAGGUGCAAAGUCCUGAGGUAGGAUCUUAUGUCUUUCCUGCAAGACUGACUGCCUACACUUGGACAGCCAUAAGUUUGAAGAAUUGCUCACUGCAGAGGGUCUAGGGAUGCAUUUUAUGAAUUUGUCCAUGUGUUUACUCAAGAAAUACUUACUAGGUACUGAUGAGGACUGCAGAGACAGGCUUCCUGUCCACAAACAUCUUUUUUUUGGGGGGGGGGACAGAGUCUCGCUCUGUUGCCCAGGCUAGAGUGCAAUGGUGUGAUCUCGGCUCACUACAACCUCCACCUCCUGUGUUCAAGCGAUUCUUCUGCCUCAGCCUCCUGAGUAGCUGGGACUGUAGGCAUGCACCACUAUGCCCGGAUAAUUUUUGUACUUUUAGUAGAGAUGAUGUUUCGCCAUGUUGCCCAGGCUGGCCUCAAACUCCUGACCUCAAGUGAUCCGCCCACCUUGGCCUCCCAAAGUGCCUCCCAAAGUGCUGGAAUUACAGGCAUGAGCCACCACACCUGGCCUCUGUCCACAAAGGUCUUAACAGCCUUCAGAGGGAGACAGAUAAGUUGGCAGGUGAGUGUAAUUGGAAGCAGCCCUGAGAGGCCUAGGAGCAGAGAAAAGGAGUACCUGUGGAGUUAGGAAAGGCUUCCUGGGCCAGGCACAGUGGCUCACGCCUGUAACCCCAGCACUUUGGGAGGCUGAGGCAGGUGGAUUACCUGAGAUCAGGGGUUUGAGACCAUCCUGGCCAACAUGAUGAAACCCUGUCUCUACUAAAAUACAAAAAUUAGCUGGGCGUGGUGGCGGGUGCCUGUAAUCUCAGCUACUCGGGAGGCUGAGGCAGGAGAAACACUUGAACCCAGGAGGCAGAGGUUGCAGUGAGCCAAGAUCAUGCCAUUGCACCCAGCCUGGGUGACAAGAGCAAAACUCCACCUCAAAAAAAAGAAAAAGGAAAAGCUUCCUGGAAGAGGUGAUAACGUAGGAGGAGGCUGGGUGAAGAGUGAUGCAGGCUGAGGGAAUAGCGUAUGCAAAGGCUUGAAGAUGAGGAAGAGGCCAGACAACCACAGAUUGGCUGGAGCAUGCAAUGUGUGGUGGAGAAGUCGUAGGUGAGGUUGGAACUGUAAAGAGGGGUCAGAUCCCAGGGAGCAUAAAGCGCUGGGAAUGGGAGAUAAUGCUGACAGAUGGUACACUGGCCUCUGGCUGCAGGGGAGAAAACAAACAAAAAUAAGAAUGAAAGCAGGGAGACCUGUUGGGCAGCUAUUAAAAUGACUCUGGACAGGGCGCAGAGGCUCAGGCCUGUAAUCCUGGCACUUUGUGGGGGCAAGGCAGGAAGAUAAUUUAAGCCAAAAUGUUUAAGACCAGCCUGGGCAACAUAGCAAGAUGCUGCCUCUACAAAACAGUUUAAAAAUUAGCCAGAUGUGGUGGGCCACAACUGUAGUCCCAGCUAUUCAGGAGGCUGAGGUGGGAGGAUUAUUUGAGCUCAGGAGAUCAAGGCUGCAGUGAGCCUAUGAUCACGUGACUGCACUGUAGCCUGGGCAACAGAGCAAGACUCUUGCUAAAAAAAAAAAAAAUUACCUUCAUAAGGAAUGGUGGCCCGAAUUUGGAUUGGUGAGGUGGAGAUGGAGAAGAAAGGAUUAUUGGAAAUGGGAGCAGAGGGAGAAAGGAAGGAGCUUAGAAAGGAAGAGGCCAAGUUUCCAGCUUGGAUGACUGGGAGGCAAGUGGCACCUUUGAUUAAAAUAGAUCAUACAAUGAGGAGGAGGAGAUUUAGGGGACUUGAUGAGCUCAGAGUUGCACUUGCUGAGUUUGAGGUGUCUCAAGCAUCUCAGCGGCAGUGAGAGGUCCAGCAAUCAAUAGGUAGAUGGAACUGAAGUUCAAGGGAGUAGCGAAAGCUGGGGAUACGGAUUCAGAACUCACCAGCCUGGAGAUGGUAUGUGAAACCAUGAGAUAACUUGAUACCUCCCAGGGAGAGUUUAUGAAGUGAAAAGGAAAAUGGGACCUAACCAGCAUUCUUAGGGACAGGAUCUUGUAGCAACAGAGCAGAAAUCUCCAGGUAGAAACAGGAGAAUCAAGAAAAUAUGAACAUGCGGAGUCAAGGAAAUGCAAGGUACCCGGAACAAGCAGUAGGCAAAUCCAAUCACAAAGGAGCAGAAACAAACUACCCAGUGGAUUUGGCUAUAAAGUUGUAGCUACAUGGUUCAGAUUGGAAUGGAGAAGCCAGAAGAGGGAUGGAGGAACUGACUUUGAAAAGGAGGAAGAUCGCCUUAUCAGAAGUUGGAGGGGGAAGGGGUGGAGGAUGGAGACCAGUAUUUAUAUGUUUAUAGGGGAAGGAGCAAGGUCAGGUGUUGUGGCCUAAAUUGUUUUUGAAGUAGGGUACCAGAUAUCUGCUGAGAAAGGUGGUGUGAGUGGGUGAUAAUAGCUGCAGAGACCAUUUAAGAGGAAUGGGAAGGUUAAGAGUGGCCACUGGGGAGACUGGGAUGGGCAGCUGGCCAGACUGAAUGGAUCAGUGGGUGAUUUAGUGGGCCCAGUUGUCACAAGUUCCACAUUUUAGAGACUAUUUAUUCUCCAGUUGCUCUGGGAGUAGAGAAGGUGGCUUGUAGCACCUUUUCUUUUUCCAGGUUGAGGUUUUGUAGAAGGUGUUACCAAUGCCAAGACCCUCCUGCUCCCUUGACUCCAGUUGCCUUGGCUCCUUAAGGAGUCCCAGAGUGACAGAGAAGAAGCAGUGGCCAUUUUUUCUGCAAAAGCUUUGGCUCUUUUAUGAAGUCCAUGAUUUCUACCGUGUCAUGAAAGCCAGGUCCAAGCCUGGAGUUAAUAAGUCCAAGAUCCUCUGCAGCCUCUUCUCAGUCUCAUGCCUUCCAAUCUCUAGGGCAGCCUAGAUAUCAAAAGGGAUUUACAGGGGCUACUCUGGUGCUUCUUUUGUCCAAGAACCUUUGUCUGUCCUUUGCCAUUCCAAAAUCCAUCAUCACCAAAUUAGCCAUUCCAAAACUGCUCAGCAUUAGAAAUCCGGAGUUGGGUAGAUUCUAUGGACCAAUAAAUGGAAUUUUUCAAAACAUCCACACUCCCUUCUUUCCUUUCCUAUGUGUCCUCUUAGUCUAACUGGCCCCAAGCUCAGUGGCCUUCAGACAGAAGCAGAAAUGUUCCAAGAUGAUUAGCUAGGAACACAAGGUACAACUGAAAAUCCAUUGUGCAAACAAGUGCCUGUUUGAUUUUCUCUUCACUUCCCUUUGGGUAUUAAGCUUCCUUUCAAUUCGUGUUUGGUUUCUGGUAAUAAAUAUGGCACCAGUUUCAUUGAUUGAUUAUGAAGAUUAAAUGUGAGAAGUCAAGAACGCAAAGCAGUGCCCAGCAUGUUCAGCAUUCAGCACACAGCACUAUUGUUUGUAGAAAGCAUUCGCACAAUGCUGAGACAGCUGGAAGGGUUGACAUUGUGAGGGGAGGGCCCUUCUUUCACCAUCCUUUGCGUAAAUGGCUUAUCUCACCUCCACUCAACAAGCCCAGUGUAUGGCCUAGAACUCCCAUCAUACCUAUGCACCAAUUGAGGAGAGACACAUGGGUGGGAAAUUGCAAUAAAAAGACGGCCCACAGCAGGCUGCGUUCCCAUGGCUGGCCAGAGGAGGAGGAACGCUUUGUGUUCUCAUCGGAGCUGCAUGGGAAGUCUGCAUACAGCAAAGUGACCUGCAUGCCUCACCUUAUGGAAAGGAUGGUGGGCUCUGGCCUCCUGUGGCUGGCCUUGGUCUCCUGCAUUCUGACCCAGGCAUCUGCAGUGCAGCGAGGUUACGGAAACCCCAUUGAAGCCAGUUCGUAUGGGCUGGACCUGGACUGCGGAGCUCCUGGCACCCCAGAGGCUCAUGUCUGUUUUGACCCCUGUCAGAAUUACACCCUCCUGGAUGAACCCUUCCGAAGCACAGAGAACUCAGAAGGGUCCCAGGGGUGCGAUAAUAACAUGAGCGGCUGGUACCGCUUUGUAGGGGAAGGAGGAGUAAGGAUGUCGGAGACCUGUGUCCAGGUGCACCGAUGCCAGACAGACGCUCCCAUGUGGCUGAAUGGGACCCACCCUGCCCUUGGGGAUGGCAUCAUCAACCACACUGCCUGUGCCCAUUGGAGUGGCAACUGCUGUUUCUGGAAAACAGAGGUGCUGGUGAAGGCCUGCCCAGGCGGGUACCAUGUGUACCGGUUGGAAGGCACUCCCUGGUGUAAUCUGAGAUACUGCACAGACCCAUCCACUGUGGAGGACAAGUGUGAGAAGGCCUGCCGCCCCGAGGAGGAGUGCCUUGCCCUCAACAGCACCUGGGGCUGUUUCUGCAGACAGGACCUCAAUAGCUCUGAUGUCCACAGUUUGCAGCCUCAGCUAGACUGUGGGCCCAGGGAGAUCAAGGUGAAGGUGGACAAAUGUUUGCUGGAAGGCCUGGGUUUGGGGGAGGAGGUCAUCGCCUACCUGCGAGACCCAAACUGCAGCAGCAUCUUGCAGACAGAGGAGAGGAACUGGGUAUCUGUGACCAGCCCCGUCCAGGCUAGUGCCUGCAGGAACAUUCUGGAGAGAAAUCAAACCCAUGCCAUCUACAAAAACACCCUCUCCUUGGUCAAUGAUUUCAUCAUCAGAGACACCAUCCUCAACAUCAACUUCCAAUGUGCCUACCCACUGGACAUGAAAGUCAGCCUCCAAGCUGCCUUGCAGCCCAUUGUAAGUUCCCUGAACGUCAGUGUGGACGGGAAUGGAGAGUUCAUUGUCAGGAUGGCCCUCUUCCAAGACCAGAACUACACGAAUCCUUACGAAGGGGAUGCAGUUGAACUGUCUGUUGAGUCCGUGCUCUAUGUGGGUGCCAUCUUGGAACAAGGGGACACCUCCCGGUUUAACCUGGUGUUGAGGAACUGCUAUGCCACCCCCACUGAAGACAAGGCUGACCUUGUGAAGUAUUUCAUCAUCAGAAACAGCUGCUCAAAUCAACGUGAUUCCACCAUCCACGUGGAGGAGAAUGGGAGGUCCUCGGAAAGCCGGUUCUCAGUUCAGAUGUUCAUGUUUGCUGGACAUUAUGACCUAGUUUUCCUGCAUUGUGAGAUUCAUCUCUGUGAUUCUCUUAAUGAACAGUGCCAGCCUUCUUGCUCAAGAAGUCAAGUCCGCAGUGAAGUACCGGCCAUCGACCUAGCCCGGGUUCUAGAUUUGGGACCCAUCACUCGGAGAGGUGCACAGUCUCCCGGUGUCAUGAAUGGAACCCCCAGCACUGCAGGGUUCCUGGUGGCCUGGCCUAUGGUCCUCCUGACUGUCCUCCCGGCUUGGCUGUUCUGAGAGCUCCGCUGAGCAUCUGGCCUUGAAGUUUGUGUUCUUCCCUCUGGCAAUGGCUCCCUUCAGCACUUCUGCUUUCCACUCCAAUUCACACAGUCUUGGUAUUAACAGAAUCAAGGCCAGGCUAGGUUAGGGAAAGGGAAGAGCUUUCACCUUCUUUAAAACUCUCGGCUGGGCACAGUGGCUCAUGCCUGUAAUCCCAGCAUUUUGGGAGGCUGAGGCAGGUGGAUCACCUGAGGUCAGCAGUUCAAAAUCAGCCUGGCCAAAAUGGUGAAACUCCGUCUCUACUAAAAAUACAAAAAUUAGCCAGGCAUGGUGGCAGGCGCCUGUAAUCCCAGCUACUCAGGAGGCCAAGGCAGGAGAAUUGCUCGAACUCAGGAGGUGGAGGUUGCAGUGAGUUGAGAUUGUGCCAUUGCACUCCAGCCUGGGCAACAGAGCAAGACUCUGUCUCAGGAAAAAAAAAAAAAAGAAAAGCAACAUAGUGGGGUUUCUGUCAAUCUGUCUUUGGCUGCCCUUCUCAUUUGUUGAUGGGACCUUGAAAGCAAGCUUGCUAGGUGCCCUCUGUGGCUCCAGCCUUUACUGGAAGUGUGGUGCAUGUUUUUAACUUCAGGGAAGUGGUAUCCUGUCACUGGGGUAUGGGAUGAGCAUGGAGAAGAGGCACCAGCCACGAUUCCUUCCUAAGCAUCUCCUGUUCUGACUGCUCAUGAAUUGAAGAAACUGACCCUUGUGUUCA